AUGUCUAAUCCUACACGACAUAACGAUGCAGAUCGUUCUGCGCAAGAACGAGAAGCAAUUCAAACUCGUGAUAAAGCUGAACAAGUUGCCGAAGCUCUUAGAGAAGGAAAACUUCCAUCGAAUCAACAAAUCACAUCUGCAAUUGAAUCAAUUCAAGAAUCCGAUGUUAUUUAUGAUUCUGCACGCGGAAUGUCUCCUUUAGGCAAACGAGUACUGACGAGUCUCGAAAAGCUUUUAGAGAGCACGAAGAAGUUGCUAGAAGAAAAGAAUGUUGGAGAUGAAAUACAAAAUGUUUUCUACUAUGGUAGUAAAGCAACAAGUGACGUUGGUGAUUCUGCAACAAUUCCUGAGGAUCUGAAACAGAAAGUUUCUUCCGAGGCUUCAACUUCCCAAUCAUUGAUUCAAAAUGCGAUUAAAGAAGUUCUAUUAAUUCCACAACUACUCAUCACAAGUUCAGAAUUCAGAAAAUUAAUAAAUGAUAUCCACAGUAUUCUUCAGGAUUCACUUUUACGAACUGUUCCAGGCAAAGAACCACCACCAGAAACGGGUCCUGAACUUGGAACUGAUAAAGAGAAGUCUCUUCAAGAAGCAAAACAAGAAUCUAAACAUCAAGCGCGGGAAAGCACUUAUCCUGUUGCAAAGACAGCCGCUAAAGUCUCUGGAGCUCACAUAAAGGAAUUUAGUGAGGGCAAUAAAACCUUUCAAGAAGCCGCAACUGGUGGAGCAAAAGAAUUAGCUUCACGUGUCAGGGACACAGUUGCCAAUGUUCAACUCACCGAAGAACAACGUGAUCAACUUGUGGAAAGGUUCAAGAAUGUGAUGAUUGAAACUCAGUCAAGACCCGAAUAUCAACAGGCUCUUUCAAACCUCAUCAAUAUCAUUUCUCAUCUUACUCAACAAUCAAAAGAAGUGACUGGUCAUGUUGCAACUCAAACAAAAACACAAGUGCAAGAAAGUACUGAUGAAGCAUCUCUCCAAAUAGCUAAGCAAAAUGCUAAGGAUUUAAUUGAGAAUUUCGCAAAUCAUAAAUCGCUUGAUCCCUUGAUCAAUGCUUUGAGAGAACUUGGUAGUAGGGUUAAAACUGAUGAAGAUUUGAGAUCAUUCUUCGAAGAUCUUCAAAACUUUAUACUUUCUUCAUUACGCGAUACUCAAUAUGUUCAACAAACUAAUUACAGGGAACACGGUUCAAGGCUUCUUAACACUGGAAGACAUUUAUUACUUGAGAGAUACUCUGAUAAUACUCAAAAAAUAGUAGAUGAAGCUAACGCAUUCAAUCGAGCCUUGCAGGAAGACAGAACGACAGCUCAGUGGACUAGCGACUUUGAGAAUUUAAUUCGUGAUAUGUUUUUGGAUGAAAGAGAUCAACCAACUGUGAAAUUCGAACUCAUAAAGGAUUUCGGUAAAAUAAUACCUGUAGUGGCCGAUAAAUUAAAAUAUUUACCUCUUCCCAGAAUCGAAAACUCUGAUGAAGAAUAUGAUUACAUUUUUGAUAAUGUCGUUCUUUAUCUUUCUGAACUAAUGCCAAAACACUUGCACAUGAGCUUCACUUCAGAUAUUAAUCUUGACCGAGAAGAAAAUGACAUUGUACAGAACACCGCAUUUAUAGAAAUUUCGAAAUUACGUGCCGAUGCUCGUAAUAUCGCAUUCUAUUACAAGAAGAAGAAAGGUCUCAUUAACAUGAUGGACGUCGGAUUGGUAGACUUCGCAAUUCCGAAAAAUGGCUUAACCAUGAAAAUUAAGCUUUUAUUGAAUCUACCCAGUGAUACAAAUCCUUCACUCGACCUCAGAGUUUUAGAAGCCGACACCACUAUUGACAACUUGACAAUCAAAUUCCAUGACACAAAACACGAUUUCUUGUACAUGUUCAUGACUCCUUUAAUCGAAAAACGUUUGAAACGUCAGUUGGCUAAUAUGGUUACCGACAAAAUGAUUAAAUUCUUCAAUUAUGUGAAAGAUAACAUUACCAGACUUCAAUCGCAAGUGGGUGAUUUGCAAAAGAAACGCAAAGAAAAAGGUACAGGUCCCCAAGUUAGUGAAGAAAAAUUGAAACAAAGUCAAGCCUGGCAGAGUCCGGCUUUUAAUUCCGCUCUUCAAGUACGGGAGGAAUAA